CAAUCGACCAAGUGAAAAAUGCUAAUUAAGAGGCUUCUGUCCUAACUCGAUCUAUUGAUUAGAACAAAAAAUACAUUUCUUGUGCCCUGUUUUAAAACACAAGGUGAAAUGAAAAGUUGGAUAAGACACCUAAGCUAAGUAUUUAUACCAAGAUGAACCAACUCUGCCUUGUUUUAUUUCUGUGCAUCGAAAUCACAAUGGGACAAAAGACAUGCCUUUAUAAAGGAAAGAGUUACAAUAAUGGUGAAGUGAUGUCAUCUGACGACUGCAAGACUUGCUAUUGUGGUGUUUUCGGGAUAUAUUGCUACAACAGAUUCUGCAUAAAUCAAGUCACUUGUAAGAUGAAGAAGAACAUUAACAAGAACAUACCAGAAACAAGUUCGAUAACUACAAAGACCGAAGACGAGUGUGUGAGUAAAUGUCUAGCAGACUCAAAAUGUCGACUUUCCAGAUACGACGUUUCUCAGAGACUAUGUGAGCUGGCCUCGGAGGAAGUACUCAGUAAAACAUAUUUUGAGUUUGGCGUCAAUGUGUUCAUCAAAGAGUGUACAGAGCCCCCAACUAAAAUUGCUACCACAGCAACGUCUACAUCGGAAACAACCACAAUGAGUACAUCCACCAGGAUUGAAGCGAAAACCACAACAGCUACAGAGCCGACUGCAAUAGACGCUACAUCUCCCGUAACAACGACAGAACCAACAACUACUACGACCAUGAACACUUAUUCAUCCCUACCACCGAAUACAAAGGCGACUCAAGACACACCAACAUCAACAAAUAUAGUCAAUAUGGCGACUACAAAUCCGCCCACUAAACUGAAUCUUGACAAAACAUCUUCCAAAACAAUUAAAGUGCGAUAUCUUCGAUUGGCGGUUACACCAUCUGCUAUUGAACUAGGAAAAACGGAAGCUCUCUUGAUCUAUUGCAGCCUACCCGAAUCUAGUUCAACACCAUUUCAAAAUUUGGUCUCACUAAAAUUGUCUCAUUCCAUUGACAAAGACGUCUAUCCGUUCAAAGAUUUGGCCUCCAUCAAUGUAGCUGAUGGUCGCGUUAACGCUCACAACAAUGAGGGUUCUGGUGGAGGAGUCAUUAGCAACACAGACGAGCCUUUCCUUAGUUUCCUGUUCCCUUUCCCUUACUUCCAUAUGGCAGGCGACUAUAGAUGUCUGGCUCAGGGGAACACUUCUGAUAACCAACCAUUGGCCUUAACAGCAAUAGCAAAGGUUUUUAUUGAAUACCAUUCGCUAGUAUCUAUAAGUAAAACAUUAAGGUCACUUCGACUUGAACAGAUACAAAGUGAAAAUAAAACGAGGCAACAGGAUGCCAUUGGAACAAAACAAGAAGACGUAGGAGGUUACAAUGUCAUUACAAACAGGCAGCCCGUUUCAUGUCGUGACGUCAACAGCACAGAAGACAGAAUGGUGGUGACCUUAGCCUCCGGGUUAAAGGUCAUGUGUGACACCAAGACGGACGGCGGUGGAUGGAUCAUUUUUCAGAGACGAAUCAACGGGAAAGUCGAUUUUUAUAGAGGCUGGAAGGAGUAUCGUGACGGCUUUGGAGAUUACAACAUUGGGGAAUUUUAUCUGGGGAAUGAGAAUAUUUUUAUGCUAACUUCCGGAAGACAGUACGAACUGCGAAUCGAUAUGGAAUUUAAAACAAAGAAAUACUUCGCCAAGUACUCCAGAUUCAAAGUAUUGAGCGAGGCCAAUAACUAUCAGUUGAAUAUAGAACAAUUUUCCGGAAACGCCGGUGACAGCCUCACCUACCACAACGACCAAUUUUUCAGCACGUUCGACAGAGACAACGACAGGCAGAACCGCAGCAACUGCGCGGUGACAUACCUGGGGGCUUGGUGGUACAACGCCUGCCUUUAUGCCAACCUGAAUGGUAAAUGGGGAAGCAGGGAGUACGGGAAAGGCCUCAUUUGGCUCGGGUUCACCAGCCCUAAAGAAAGUGUCACGUUCAGCGAGAUGAAGAUGAGGGAGACGUCAAGGCAGUAACAAGUAUUAAAACGUGACACAAUCAGCGUCUGAAUCUCACGAGGUCAUUGAAAUAAGGAUAGAGAUCAGACAUUGGCAUUACGACAAAUAAACAUAGACUCUGACCAAUGAAUAAUUAAAUAGAUUUCUAUCUCUUUCGAUAUCUAUGCAUCUAUCUAUGUAUCUAUCUAUGUACCUAUGUAAUGUAUCUAUGUAUCAUUCUAUCUACCUAUCUAUCUAUCUAUCUAUCUAUCUAUCUAUCUAUCUAUCUAUCUAUCUAUCUAUCUAUCUAUCUGUCUAUCUAUCUAUUAUCUCUCUCUCUCUCUCUAUCUAUCUAUCUAUCUAUCUAUCUAUCUAUCUAUCUAUCUAUCUAUCUAUCUAUCUAUCUAUCUAUCUAUCUAUCUAUCUAUAUCUAUAUCUAUAUAUCUAUCUACUUUAUUUGUUUAAUGUUUCUGUUUAAAACUAGAGUGUUACUAUUUCUACAUUUAGUGUAAAAGUAAUAAUUUUAAAAUAUUUUCUCUGACUAAUAAAACAAUGAAACAAUAUGA